GCCGCCCUUCCAGUCUCCUCAUUCGCACCUCCUCCUCCUCUCUCGUCUCUCCGCCUCCCCCACUCGCCGGACACUUUGGCCACCGUCGCCGGAGAGUUUCUAUGGACUCUGCUUCACCGGAGGUUUCAGUUUCGGUGUCGGUCGACUCCGUGGCGCAGGAUUUGAAGAAUCAGAGCUUGAACAGCGAUGAUCAUGAACACGAAGGAAGUAGCCUCAAGAACAAGGUGAAAAAGAAGCUCGAAGAUCUGAACUGGGAUAAUUCCUUCGUUAGAGAGCUCCCCGGCGAUCCCCGCACGGAUAUCAUUCCACGAGAGGUAUUGCAUGCAUGUUAUUCAAAUGUAUUACCUUCAGUUGAAGUAGAAAGUCCUCAGCUUGUUGCUUGGUCAGAAUCGGUUGCUGAUUUGCUAGAGUUGGAUCCUCAAGAAUUUCAAAGGCCAGAUUUCCCACUGUUGUUCUCUGGUGCAUCUCCAUUAGUUGGAGUGUCGCCUUAUGCUCAAUGUUAUGGGGGCCAUCAGUUUGGUAUGUGGGCUGGACAGUUGGGUGAUGGUCGAGCAAUAACCCUUGGAGAGAUACUUAAUUCCCAAUCUGAAAGGUGGGAGUUGCAGCUAAAAGGUGCUGGGAAGACUCCAUACAGUCGGUUUGCAGAUGGCUUGGCUGUGUUACGAAGUAGCAUCCGGGAGUUCCUUUGUAGUGAAUCAAUGCACGGUCUUGGAAUACCAACAACUCGUGCACUUUGUGUUGUGACCACAGGAACAUUAGUUACUCGAGAUAUGUUUUAUGAUGGGAAUCCAAAAGAGGAGCCUGGUGCAAUUGUAUGCAGAGUGGCUCAGUCCUUUUUGCGUUUUGGAUCAUACCAAAUUCAUGCCUCUAGAGGAAAAGAUGAUUACAAAAUUGUUCGGGCUUUAGCAGACUACGCGAUCCACCACCAUUUUCCUCACCUAGAGAAUAUGAGCAGCAGUCAGAGUUUAUCUUUCAGCACAGGCAAUGAAGAUGAUUCAGUUGUUGAUCUCACUUCAAACAAGUAUGCAGCUUGGACCGUAGAGGUGGCUGAGCGAACUGCUUCCUUAGUAGCAAGUUGGCAGGGAGUUGGGUUUACACAUGGUGUACUCAACACUGACAAUAUGAGUAUCUUGGGUCUUACCAUUGAUUAUGGUCCAUUUGGAUUUUUGGAUGCUUUUGAUCCUAGUUAUACACCUAAUACAACUGAUCUUCCUGGAAGAAGAUAUUGUUUUGCAAAUCAGCCGGAUAUAGGCUUAUGGAAUAUAGCUCAGUUUUCCUCAACUCUUUCAGCUGCUGAAUUAAUAAAUGAUAAAGAAGCAAACUAUGCCAUGGAAAGAUACGGAACCAAAUUUAUGGAUGACUACCAAACAAUAAUGACCAAGAAAAUUGGUCUACCAAAGUACAAUAAACAGUUAAUCAGUAAGCUUCUCAACAACAUGGCUGUUGACAAGGUCGAUUAUACAAAUUUCUUUAGAUCACUUUCCAAUAUCAAAGCUGAUCCCAGCACCCCAGAGGAAGAACUGUUGAUCCCUCUGAAGGCAGUUCUAUUAGAUAUCGGCAAGGAGCGUAAGGAAGCUUGGGUUAGCUGGGUAAAGACCUACAUAGAGGAGCUCGCUGGAAGUGGAAUCUCAGAUGAGGAGCGGAAGGCCUCUAUGGAUGCAGUAAAUCCUAAAUAUAUUCUGAGGAACUACCUAUGCCAGACUGCCAUAGAUGCGGCUGAGCAGGGUGAUUUUGGGGAGGUUCGUCGGCUGCUGAAGAUAAUGGAACGGCCAUAUGAUGAGCAGCCAGGAAUGGAGAAAUAUGCACGGUUACCCCCUGCUUGGGCUUAUCGACCGGGUGUUUGUAUGCUUUCUUGUUCUUCAUGAUUUGAUAGCUUCCUCUACGCCACACACACAAAAGGAAAAAAUUUAUUGAUAGAAUGUCUGUAUGUAUAUAAUAUUGUCAAGUCAGUGUUAUAAUCUCGAACACUAAUGUUCAGUUAUUAUUUUUCUUUAUGAUAUAACGUCAAAUUUAGUAAUUCUCUCAUUUCCAUUUCUUCAUUCAUAUCCAUGGUUUAUCGUAUUGUAGUUAAAUUGUUGAGAGAAAAGCAGUUUUACAGCCUUGGGAUAGCGUUCAUGGACGAUAA